AACGUACCCGCUGCAGUCGAACCGAAUUUAAUUCGAAUUCGAAACGUCACGGAUCACCAGAUAAUUUGUUCUUUCGCAGAAAACGAUAGUACGCACCGUAGGGUUGAGAGCAGAGCAGAGCACGACACAACACAACACAACGCAGCACAACACAACACAACGCAGCACAACACAACACAACGCAGCACAACACAACGCAGCACGGCACCCAAGCACGAUGGCAGGUUCCAACACGAACGACAACGAGAACGGCGACACCGCCAGCAUCCACAGCUACGGCAACGCCAGCGUCAACAGCUACAGCAACAACGCCGUCGGCCCGGAAACGAUCGGCGCCACGGUGGGCAAUGGCAACGGCAACGGCAAUGGCAAUGGCAACAGCUACGGCAACGGCAACGGGCACACACCGCCCCACGCCGAGGCCGAGGAACGGUCCCGGAGGAUGAUCCUGGAGAGCUACGAAAAGGCGGGCGUCGACCUGCCCCUGGUGACCCU